CACGUAAGCUGCGAUCUUGUCAGUCAGUGUGUCAGUCUGGCCUGGCAACGGAGAGGUGCAAGGAUGGAUAGUUUAGCAGUCACAUUUCUUGUCGUUUGCGGAUUCAUCGAAUAUGGAUCAGCGAUAAUGUGCUACGAAUGUAACAGCGCGACAAAUACAUACUGCAGUGCUGCUGUUCUGCCUGAUAACUUGAAGAGGAACUGUUCGGAGCACGACCGCGGCAUCACACAUACACUUUGCAGGAAGAUAGUGCAACAAGUUGAACACGCUGUCAAUGGCAAGUACCCGGAGCAAAGGGUUAUACGGUCAUGCGGUUGGGAUGAAACGAAGUACAAGGGUAUGUGCUACCACCGUGCUGGGUAUGGAGGACGUCAGGAGGUGUGUUCGUGCUUCAGUGAUUUCUGCAACAACGGCCAUGCUUUGACGUCAUCCAGUCUUCUCACCGCAACGCUCCUAGCUUAUUCCGGAAUUGUCCUUGUUAGAUAGUUUGUAAACAAUACCAAAAGGGCUUAGU